AUGGGAAUGUUUCCCGUGUUUGAUCUCGAUUACAUCGUGUCCAUCCUCUACCUCAAAUACGAGCCAGUGUUGGUGCCUAUGGACCAUCGGAAUAUUGAUGAGGAUGACUUUGGCGAUGCUUGCGAUAACUGCCGCGCAGUCAAGAACAAUGACCAGAAGGACACAGACGUGGACAAAUUUGGUGAUGAAUGUGACGAAGAUAUUGACGGAGAUGGGAUUCUCAAUCACCUGGAUAACUGUAAAAGAGUUCCCAAUGCUGACCAGAAGGAUCGGGAUGGAGACAAAGUGGGAGACGCCUGUGACAGCUGUCCCUACGUUCCCAAUCCUGACCAGAUGGACGUGGACAAUGACCUGAUCGGAGACCCAUGUGACACCAACAAGGACAGUGACGGUGACGGUCACCAAGACACCAGGGACAACUGCCCAGCCGUCAUCAACAGCUCUCAGCUGGACACUGACAAAGAUGGAAAGGGAGAUGAGUGUGACGAUGAUGAUGAUAAUGAUGGCAUCCCGGACUUGCUGCCGCCGGGUCCCGAUAACUGCCGUCUGAUCCCGAAUCCUCUGCAGGAGGACUCUGAUGGCGACGGCGUUGGUGACGUGUGCGAGAAGGAUUUUGACAAUGACACUAUUGUUGACACCAUAGACGUUUGCCCAGAAAACGCCGAGGUCACCCUCACCGACUUCAGGGAGUAUCAGACCGUCGUGCUAGACCCAGAAGGAGAUGCACAAAUUGAUCCCAACUGGGUGGUGCUGAACCAGGGAAGGGAGAUUGUCCAGACAAUGAACAGUGACCCUGGUCUUGCUGUUGGUUACACUGCUUUCAGCGGCGUGGACUUUGAAGGAACGUUUCAUGUCAACACGGUAACAGACGACGACUACGCCGGAUUUAUCUUCGGCUACCAGGAUAGCUCCAGUUUCUACGUGGUGAUGUGGAAGCAGGUGGAGCAGAUCUACUGGCAGGCAAACCCGUUCAGAGCUGUGGCAGAACCAGGCAUCCAGCUCAAGGCUGUGAAGUCAAACACAGGUCCAGGUGAAAACCUGAGGAAUGCCCUGUGGCACACCGGUGACACCAGCGAGCAGGUGAAACUCCUCUGGAAAGAUUCUCGCAAUGCUGGCUGGAAAGAUAAGACCUCGUACCGCUGGUUUCUUCAGCACCGGCCUGCAGACGGCUACAUCAGAGUUCGUUUCUACGAGGGUCCUCAGAUGGUGGCCGACACAGGCGUUAUAAUCGACGCCACAAUGAGAGGAGGCCGUCUAGGAGUCUUCUGCUUUUCCCAGGAGAACAUUAUCUGGGCAAACUUGCGCUACCGCUGCAAUGACACACUUCCUGAGGACUUCGACACCUACAGAGCCCAGCAGGUCCAGCUGGCUGUCUGA